AUGACUUCUUCCAUGUCUACCAUCCUCAUUUUUGGCGGCACCGGUGGAAUAGGUGAAUCUUUCGCUCGAGCCUUUCACGGCAUGGGCAAGAAGGUUAUCGCCACCGGACGUCGUGAGUCUCGCCUCGCGGAACUGGCCAAGGAGCUUCCAGGCCUCGAAACUUAUGCCAUGGACAACAGUGAUCUGGCCGCUCUCCCCGGACACGUCAAGACCCUCCUCUCCAGGUAUCCCGACAUUGAUACCGUCUGGGUCAAUUCCGGCAUCCAGUACCAGGGCAACUUCCUGUCUCUCGACAACUUCUCCGACGAAAAGAUCAUCAAGGAGACGAACACCAACCUGACGGCACCCAUCAUCCUGGCCCGCCAUUUCAUCCCGCAUCUGUUGUCCGUGGGGGGCGAGGCUACCUUCAUGAUCACGUCCUCUGGCCUCGGGUUCGUGCCGAUGGGUCCAUUCCCCGUCUACUGUCCCACGAAAGCUGCCGUGCACGCCUUCCUGGUGGGACUCCGGGAGAGCCUUGACGGAACCAACGUCAACGUCAUCGAAAUCGCCCCGCCGUACGUGCGCACCGACCUCGACGCCGAGAACCGAUUGGACAAAGUGGUGACGCCCAUGGAGCUGGACGAGUACACGAACAAGACGCUGGAAAUCCUGCAGAAGCCGGCAAAGGAGAUCAAGGAGGCGGGCGUUGGCUUUGCGGAGAUGGUUUCCAAGAAAUGGAGAGAGGCAUACAAUCCGGUGCUGAGCAUGAGGCAUUCGACCGGUUGA